CUCGUCUUUUCCUCCAUCUCGCCAGCCCACCAUCGCCAUCAUCGCCAACUUCGCACCGCCAUCGCAUCGGAUUCGCCAAAUUGAAGACACGCCACUCCCGCCUAAUCUAUUCUGACACAUUUGUCCAUCAACAUCUCUCGCCGCCAUGGCGGCCCCCGGAGACCUCAUCAACUUCGACAUCAUCGAAGGCCAGAAGGAGAACAUUCAGUCAUUACCAGGAGGACGGUCGGCAAGAGAACUGGCUCGGAUCUUCUCGCCCCGCGAUUCCACAGACAUUCUGGCUACACCAUCACCAAAUGAUACCCGGACGGUCAACGAUGCCAUCAGACAGGAAUACGAGGCGGAGUUGCAAGCCAUAGGGGAGUCCGACGACCCCCUUGACAUCUACGACCGAUACGUCAAAUGGACCCUCAAUGCCUAUCCAUCGGCCCAGGCGACCUCUGAAUCCGGCCUUCUGCCACUCUUGGAACGCGCCGUGAAAUCCUUCCUCACUUCCCCUCACUAUAAGAACGACCCUCGUUAUCUCCGCCUAUGGCUUCACUACAUUCGACUCUUCUCAGACUCGCCUCGAGAGACAUUCGCAUUUCUGGCACGUCACGAUGUCGGAGAAGGACUUGCCCUGUUCUACGAAGAAUUUGCUGGAUGGCUGGAAAGCGCCGGAAGGUGGACUCAGGCCGACGAAGUGUACCGCCUUGGCAUCGACAAGGAAGCGCGCCCCGCAGAACGCCUCGUCCGCAAGUACAGCGAGUUCCAACACCGCUACGAAAACCACACACAGGACAAUGGGCCCUCUUCACCGGCAUUGCCCGCUGUCCGGCCGGCUUUGGCUGCCAAGGUCGACCCAUUCGCAUCGGCUUCACCUCCGGCCACCGAGGCUCAGCGCCCAGCCCCUGCUAGAGGGGCUGCCCCGAAGACGAAAUCCGGCAAACCAAAGAUGGCCAUCUUUUCCGAUGCCGAUUCGCCCAGCCAGCCAGCUGUGAGUGGCCCGGCACAAGGGUGGGACAACAUUGGGUCGUUGCACGAACGACGGAAGGAAAACAAGGUCGAGGCGAAGCCAUGGGCGGGAGAGACAUUGAAGGCCGGCAAGAAGCCAGCCCCCGCCCAGAAGAUGGCGAUUUUCAGGGAUGAGUCAAAUUCAAGUUCACAAGCCAAAGAAGCAUUGCAAAACAAACAUGUUCCAGAGCAUCGCGUAAGGGAAGCGAUUAACCCCCGUACUGGGAGACGCGAGCGCGUCUUUGUCAAUCUCGAAGCAGUAUACCCCGACUACAAGAACCCGAACCAUGAAGUCAGCUUCGAGGAACUCCGGGCCAUGAGUCGUGGCUGGAUGGACAAGAACUGGCGGGCUCAGAAAGAGCCCCUCAAACAGAUAUCGGGGAAUGCUACUUCGGCAGAUCUCCCCUCUGACAACCCUCUUGAGCAGGGUCUAGAGAACGAGCUGCCAGAACAAUUCAAGCAGAAGUUGACCGUCAGAGAUGCAGACACUCACGACCAGGGGCAGGCCCAGGUGGCCCAGGAAAGCAAAGCCAAUAAGGCGCGGAAAUUGAAGCUUCGUGAAGUGAAGGGAGAAACCCAGACCAUCAAAAUGAAGUUUGACUCUCCGACUGGUGGCAAGAUCCGACGCAAAAGCACCGCGGAGCCAACCAUGACUAUCCAUACUCGCGCUGCGACCGAUGAGAUCUACAGUAUUUUCAACCAGCCCCUGAAGGCGGAGACUGAGAAUGUAGCGGAAAGCAGUGACUUCGAGGACGAUGAUUAUACAAGCGCUGGGGAGAGCACAGGCACUGGUCGCCAUUCGGCUGCGUCAAGCGAUUUCGGUGAUGAUGAUACGACUUUCCAUAAGUCAUUUGUCGAGGGCGAUGAGGACGGCUUUGGGGACAAUACGCGCGCCGAAAGUGUCGUUGAUGGUGAAUGGACGCAGUUCUCCGCCUGCGAUGUCCCUGCUCAUUCACCAGACAUGCCCGGGGACUCCACCUACCAUGACCGAGAGGAUAACACAGGGCAAUUUCUAGACGAUGCGGAUGAGACAGAGAGGCAGAGGUUUGUCCCAGAAAUGCCCGAAGACUAUAACCCACCUUACGGUCCUUAUCGAGACCCUGCGGUUGUCGCACAGAACCGCCUUCCUUUCAUGACCCCGAUCGUGGAGCAGACUGAAUAUUCGCUCUCCAUGACUGCAGCCAGGAACAGCUUAUACAAUGCGAAAACCCCCUCCAAGCCUCAGAUGGGCAAUCUCCUGUUGUCCAGCCCCUUCAUUCCCGCCACUCCUCGCAACUUUCCUGAUAUCCCUGAAGAUGUUGCUCUGAGCCCUACAAUGGAAAAGGUCCGCACCGGUUUCAAGUUGAGCCCCCUGAAAGACAGCAGUCGACGAGAUGUAGUCAUCAAGGAUGCACAAUGCAAUCCCACCGACAGGGAGAUUCGUGACACAAUUCUCCAGUCCUUACAACCACCCCUGGCAUGUUAUCCCGGCUACCACGGUCAUUCUGAGAUGGACACCCACUACAGCAGCGAAGUCCAGAGAUUCCUAAAGACUAGCCCGAAACGUUCGAGAAGCGGUGAUGAAGCGUCUUUUGAUGUGCCCAUUCUUGAACUCCCAGGCGCCGAAAGAAGCUACAUCAUUCGGCGCGAGCUUGGCGCCGGUGCUUAUGCCCCGGUCUACUUUGUAGAGAGUAUCGACAAUAUACCUUCCGAUUCGGACGCCGAAUCCAUGGACGGCAACAGCAGAGAUUCCCACAAUCGUAAAAUGACUCAAUACGACACUCCCCGCUACGGAUUUGAAGCGAUCAAACUGGAGGUAGGACCGCCUAAUGCGUGGGAGUUCUACAUGAUUCGCACCGCCAACGACCGAUUAAGCCGCCACCCCGAAUUCUCGCGGGCUGCCGAAAGCCUCAUCCGUGCACAUGAACUUCACGUCUACAAAGGGGAGAACAUCCUCGUUGAAGACUACCGUGGACAAGGCACAUUGCUCGAUCUCGUCAACCUCAUCCGCAACGAGCCCAUUUCGGCCGGCACCAACGGUGAAGGUGGGAUGGAUGAGGUUUUGGCCAUGUUCUUCACGGUGGAGCUAUUCCGGACUAUUGAAGCUCUGCACACGUGUGGCGUCCUACACGGCGACAUCAAGGCCGAUAACUGUCUAGUCCGCUUCGACGACAAGCCCGCAAGUCCUCCAUCCUUGAUUGAUCUAGGGGACGAAGCCACCGCAGACCCACGCGAAGUUCACUACUCCCCCCGGGGGCUAUACGGCUGGCGUAGCAAGGGUCUAUCCCUUAUCGACUUCGGCCGCAGCAUCGAUAUGGAAGCCUUCCAACCAUCCGUGCAGUUCAUUGCCGACUGGAAAAUCGGCAAACAUGAGUGCAACGAAAUCCGCGAGAAGCGGCCCUGGACGCACCAGAUCGAUCUCUACGGGCUAGCGGGUACCGUGCACGUGAUGCUCUUUGGCAAGUACAUCGAGUCGGUUCCCAGUGGCCCUUCAACAUACCGAAUCCGGGAGUCUUUCAAACGGUACUGGGAGCGUGAUAUCUGGACCGAUGUCUUUGACCUCCUGCUCAACCCAGGCGAAGAGCGAUGGGCCCAGAUGGAACGGGAAGGCAAUAACCCCGCGGCCAUGGCCAGCGAUAACCCGACUAUUCUCCCCGUAACAAACUCGAUGCGCUAUGUUCGCGAGAGAAUGGAAGAAUGGCUCUUCCUGAAUGCCGAGAAGAAGGGUCUUGGUCUGCAGAUCCGGAAGCUGGAGGCCAUCUUUGCCGAGAGGAAGAAACGUCUGGAGAAGUGCUAGCCCUUCCAAAGCCUACUUCCUCUAUCUGAUCUUCCUUGCUCGAUUGCCUUACCAUCUCUGUCCUUUGCCUUUGCUGUUCCUGCGAUGCAUGAUUAACUCGUAUACCCCCUUUGCCUUGUCACAGCGUUGGCGUUUUGGUUGAUCACCAUCUUAUCUUCUCUUCUCUUUCCGUUGUAACUAUCUUGGCCGUUGCCCAUGGAUACAUAAUCUGCUUAGUACUAGUGUCUGAAAUUUAGGUUGUUCUAUACAUAUAAGUUACUGAUACAGUUUUAACC